GGAGGCUCGGGUUGGAGGGGGGCCUCCGCAGUUUGCUGUUUGCUGGAGCUCAGAGAGGCGCGCACACACUCACAGGCGCGCGCGCACAUACGCGCACACACACACACACACGGAGUGUUCAAGAGCUACUGCUGAAGUCUAGGGCUCGCUGCCUUCUGCUGCUGCCGCUGCUGCCAUCGCUGUCGCCUCCUACCAAGCCGGGAUCUAUCCAUUCUCGACAUACACAUUUUGAAACCUCAGCCUGAUUUUGCAGUCGCUCCAUUGCCGGCUGGUGGUUGGGAUUUUUAUUUUUUUUUAAUCUUCUCUCUUUCCUGCUCUCUUCUCAAAGCCCAAGCUUGGAAUUACUUAAGGCUUGGAGAGGUUGGGUAUUUUUAUUUUAUUUUAUUUUAUUUUUAAAAAACCAAUCAUUAUUCUUUCUUCUUUUUAAAAAGAACAUCUGGGUCUCUUUUCUCGCUCCCCGCCAAUCCCGCCGUCUCCCUUCCCUCCGUCUCUGUGGCUUUCCACCCUAAAUCCGGGCUGAUGUGCUGUACGAGAGGUUGGAAAUGGAAGUAUUGAUGCUUUGGUUUUUCCCGUGGAUAUUUCAGUGCGUUUCGGUGCGAGCGGACUCCAUCAUCCACAUUGGUGCCAUAUUUGAAGGCAACUCGGCCAAGGACGACGAAAUUUUCAAGCAGGCGGUGGCGGAUCUGAGUCUCAACGAUGAUAUCUUACAGAGCGAGAAAAUCACUUAUACCAUCAAGCUCAUAGAAGCCAAUAACCCCUUCCACGCAGUCCAGGAAGCCUGUGACCUGAUGACCCUGGGGAUAUUAGCCUUAGUGACUUCCACUGGUUGUGCCUCUGCCAAUGCCCUGCAGUCCUUGACAGAUGCCAUGCACAUCCCUCACCUCUUUGUACAGCGCAACACAGGAGGCUCUCCACGGACCGCUUGCCACCUAAACCCAAGCCUUGAGGAAGAGGAAUACACACUGGCCGCCAGACCACCUGUUCGCCUCAAUGAUGUUAUGCUGAAGUUAGUCACCGAACUGCGAUGGCAGAAAUUUAUUGUAUUCUACGACAGCGAUUAUGAUAUUCGUGGUCUGCAAGGAUUUUUGGACCAGGCUUCAAAGCUAGGACUUGAUGUAUCUUUACAAAAAGUAGACAGAAACAUCAGCAGGGUUUUUGCCAGCCUUUUUACUACCAUGAAAACAGAAGAGUUGAAUCGCUACCGAGAUACCUUACGAAGAGCGAUCUUACUUCUGAGUCCAAGGGGAGCACAGACUUUCAUUAAUGAGGCUGUGGAAACCAACCUGGCUUCAAAGGAUAGUCACUGGGUCUAUGUAAAUGAGGAAAUAAGUGAUAAUGAAAUAUUGGAACUGGUGCACAGUGCUCUUGGGAGGAUGACAGUCAUAAGGCAGAUCUUCCCUCUGUCAAGAGAGAACAAUCAAAGGUGCAUGAGGAACAACCACCGAAUAUCUUCACUCCUCUGUGAUCCACAAGAAGGUUAUAUUCAAAUGCUUCAGGUAUCCAACCUCUAUCUCUAUGACAGUGUGCUCAUGUUGGCCAAUGCCUUCCACAGAAAGCUAGAGGACAGAAAAUGGCACAGUAUGGCCAGCUUGAACUGCAUGAGGAAAUCUACCAAGCCUUGGAAUGGAGGUCGAUCCAUGCUGGAGACUAUUAAGAAGGGCCAUAUCACUGGACUCACAGGUGCUAUGGAGUUCAGAGAAGAUGGUGCCAAUCCCUAUGUCCAAUUUGAAAUACUUGGAACCAGCUACAGUGAAACCUUUGGAAAAGAUGUGCGGAGGUUAGCAACAUGGGACUCUGAGAAGGGAAUGAACGGCAGCCUGCAGGAACGACGCCUGGGCAGCGACUUACAAGGAUUAACACUGAAAGUGGUGACUGUCUUGGAAGAACCUUUUGUUAUGGUGGCUGAGAAUAUACUAGGGCAACCCAAGCGCUAUAAAGGCUUUUCCAUCGACGUCCUUGAUGCACUUUCGAAGAAUCUGGGCUUCAAGUAUGAGAUUUAUCAGUCUCCGGAUGGCAAGUAUGGGCAACAGCUACACAACAGCUCCUGGAAUGGCAUGAUUGGAGAACUGAUUAACAAGAGAGCUGACUUGGCAAUCUCCGCCAUCACUAUAACACCGGAGCGGGAGAGUGUUGUGGAUUUCAGCAAACGCUAUAUGGAUUAUUCUGUAGGAAUCCUAAUCAAGAAACCCGAAGAGAAGAUCAACAUCUUUUCUCUCUUUGCCCCCUUUGAUUUUGCGGUGUGGGCUUGCAUUGCUGCUGCCAUCCCUGUUGUGGGCGUCCUGAUUUUUGUGCUGAAUCGGAUCCAGGCAGUAAGAGCCCAGAAUUCUUCCCAGCAUGGUACCUCCACUUCCUCCACGCUCCACAGUGCCAUUUGGAUUGUGUAUGGGGCCUUUGUUCAGCAAGGGGGUGAAUCUACAGUCAAUUCCAUGGCAAUGCGUAUUGUAAUGGGAAGCUGGUGGCUCUUCACCCUUAUUGUAUGCUCAUCAUACACAGCAAACUUAGCAGCAUUUCUCACAGUAAAUAGGAUGGACAAUCCCAUAAGAACAUUUCAGGAUCUUUCCAAGCAAAUGGAGGUGUCUUAUGGUACUGUCAGGGAUUCUGCAGUGUAUGAAUACUUUAAAGCAAAAGGGACAAACCCUUUAGAGCAAGACAGCACCUUUGCUGAGCUAUGGAAGACAAUCAGUAAGAAUAAUGGAGCUGACAACUGCGUAGCAAACCCUUCUGAAGGCAUCAGGAAGGCAAAGAAAGGCAACUAUGCAUUCUUGUGGGAUGUUGCAGUAGUGGAAUAUGCAGCACUGACAGAUGACGAGUGUUCUGUGACAGUCAUUGGAAACAGCAUCAGUAGCAAAGGAUAUGGGAUAGCACUUCAGCAUGGCAGUCCCUACAGGGAUCUCUUCUCUCAAAGGAUCUUAGAACUUCAAGAAGCUGGCUACUUGGAUGUAUUCAAAGAGAAAUGGUGGCCACGGAUGGGACGCUGUGAUCUAAACAGCCACACCAAUGCGCAGACAGAUGGGAAAGCCUUGAAGCUUCACAGUUUUGCAGGGGUCUUCUGCAUUUUGGCAGUGGGCCUGCUCCUAGCCUGCUUGGUGGCAGCCCUGGAGUUGUGGUGGAGCAGCAACCGUUGUCAUCAAGAGACACCAAAAGAGAUACAGCCUGGGCAGCAGCAGCACUGCAAACAUUCCCACAUUGCCCCACCAUUGUGCCUCAACCUUGCCAUGGAGAGACCAUCUUUAGGGCCCAGUCCUAUGACUGUUUCCUCAGAAGUAAGGCCCAGGGACUUCAGUGGGACUUACUCCAAGAUUGCCAAUGAGGUGAGGCUGGGUCUCAGAACCAUGGAUAAAGAAGUUAACUUGGAACAGGUCCACAGGCGUAUGAACAGUUUAAUUGAUGAAGACCUGGCUCACAAGCAACUCUCCCCAGCAUCUAUUGAAAUAUCCGCUUUAGAGAUCGGUGGUAUGCAGCCCAGCCAAACUCUAGAGCCUGUCCGUGAAUACCAGAAUACACAACUUUCUGUCACCACCUUUUUACAAGAACAGGCAACUCAUGGGGCCAGCAGGACACUCACAGGUGCCUCUGGUAGCAACCUGCCACUGCCUCUUAGCAGCUCAGCAACCAUGCCCUCUAUACAGUGUAAACACAGGUCACCAAAUGGAGGACUAUUUCGUCAAAGCCCUGUGAAAACACCCAUCCCAAUGUCAUUUCAGUCCGUGCCAGGGGGAGUCAUUCCAGAAGGCAUGGAACCAUCCCAUGGAACAUCCAUAUAAUGAAAACAACCAGCAAAGAUUUUUAUUACAAUGGGGGGGAAAACAAAAAAACAAAAACUCUUACUUUUUCUUGUACAUAUCUGUAAAUAAUGAAAGAAUGAAGUGGGGUUAAAAAGUGUAUUUUGAAUAUUCCCAAUUUUCAAAGUCAGUAAAAAACAAACAAACAAAAAAUACAAAAAAAGAAAAAAUGUAUGAAUGACUUUGUAAAUUUUGUUCUCUAUGAAUAAAAAAGGCAAACUACUUGUGACCAUUCUCAAGUGCCAAAGAAGACCUGUUACUGGGACUGAGGGCAGUAAAAAAAUUACUCUGGAUUUUAACUGGUACUCCUUUGUUCUUGGUUCUUGUUCUAAUUCUUUCCUUUGAAAGCAGAGAAAAAUUUCAAUUUCUUGUGGUAAAAAGAAAUGAAAAUACUCCAUUCUGUGCACUUCUUUUGCCCCUGGAUUCUGCUACUGAAGAGAGUUGAAGAGUACAGCUCUCCCAGAAAAUUUAUCCAUACCUGCAAAAUGAUGACAAAAACCCGAAAUGCAAUCAAAGAUACAGAACUCCUUCCUCACUUCAGGGAUGAAACAUCCACCUGUUAUUGCAGUGGUUUGCUGCAUUGUGCCAUACAUGCAGCUCUUAAAAGUUAUUUGCUACAUUUUCCUCUUAUAUGUCCAAGCCACUAUCCAACUGUGUGAUUGCCCAAGUGCUGGGGUACUGUGUGGCUUCCAAUUUGAAAGGAAGCAAUUGUGCCAACUGGGCAUUUGGUGGGUUGAGAGGGAGGAACAAAUUCAGCAUUCUGUUCCACAAAUAGCCAAUUAGCACUACCCCCCAUUUUCUCACUGGACUCCAUGUAUUUGUCCCUUGCAGCUGGAGAUGAGGAAGAGGAGGACCACAUACUGAACAUCUGUUUGCAUUUAUGGCUCCUCAUCCAGCUAGGUAUAUAACCCAUGGAAGUCUUCUGAAUCAGGAUGAUGCAUAUGUUGGAGAUUCCAUAAGAGUCUGCAAGUUGUGAGAACAUUGUUAUGCAAAACUUGAAGCUGUGUGUGUUAUUAGCCCUGUUCUCAUUACAUAUUCAGGGUGGGUGAGUGAGUGAGUGAGUAGGACUACAGUGGCAAGCUUCAUUCCCCAUCUGCUCGUGUAUACUUGAAUGCUUGCAUGCUGUGUUCAUGCUGUAGCAGAUUACUCAGUCUUAGUCUCAGAACAAGCACACGUGAGGGGAAGCAAAAUGCUGAAUCAUCCCCUCCAUGCUUUCCGAACAAAGGCUUCUCCCUCCAAAUUUUCCUUUAUUUCCAGUAGUUGACAUAGCCUCCACCGCCUGAAUUAUCAACAGAGUUUGAUAACCCUGGGCUUGGGUGGAAUUCCCAGGGAAAUCUCUCCUCUGCUAUUGGAAAAGUACAAAAGUCUUCCACGUGCAAGCUUACACGUGGUGAGAAAACUGGUAGGUUGGCCAGAGACAAAAACCCCUUUCAGCCUCCCUUUCCUGAGUUAAAAAUCCACUCAAAGAGGCUUGUUAAAUUGCAAAGAAUAAAAAUAAAAAUACAGCAUUAUUCAAAUGCUACAGACUGCUUCAGCCUGAGGCUUUCCCAGCCUUUUGGUUACAGGUAAAAGAAAUACUUAAUAGGUUACAAGAAUACUUCAAAAAGCACCCCCAGUUGAUAUUGGGGUGGCACACUUUAAAAAUCAUGUCUACGCAUUUGUCAAGACCUGGGGAUGCAGGAAAACACCAAAGUACCUUUUAAAAGCUUAUAGUCUUAUAGCCCUGGGUGGAUGGGCGCAGACUAUUGUUUCUUAGCUGAGUUACAUUACAGAUACACAGUCCUAGACCAGUCACAAGAAUAUACAGAGCACACGAAAGGAAAAUAAAAGUCUAACACAAACUGACUAACAGACUAUUCCCUAGGCUAAACUUCAGAAGCCCUGGCUUCCUUCCCCCUUGAACUCACCCCAAACUCUGAGAGAGAAUCCAAGCCCCUGCAGUCCUAUCUUAUAAGAACUGCUGUCCUCCUUUCUACAGCCAUUUCCAUGGCCACACAUCCUGCUGCAAGCCCAGCCCUCUUUCUUUCUAACAAAGAGAGCCUUCUCUUCCUCCCAACUCCUGUCUAGGUCCCACCCACCUGGUGUGCUGAUUGGCUGUUCCCUGGAGGUCACCAGCCUGUCAGUCAGGACAGGGGUCACUUCUGGUUCACCCUUUAGGGGAAAGGAGGGGCUGGUCAAAGGCUGAUCAUUACACAUGCCUAGGGCUCUCUCCACACAAGCUAACCUUUGGAAAAUCAAGCUUCCCAAUAGCAGAAAGAGACAUUCAAGAGAGGGCAUGCAUUCAUUCACCCUGGACAUAUCAUGAGGAUAGGGCUUUUGUUACACAUGAAGUUGGGUUCUUAAUGGAAUCAAAUCCAACAAAAUCCUUUGUUUCACAUAAAGAAAUUCCAGCUUAAUGGAAUCAAAUACCUGCUCUUUAACAUAUAGAAAAAUGAGGCUGUAGCUUGGUGGCAAAAUCCACGCUUUUCAUGCAGAAGCUUCCAGGUUUAAACCCAGGAAUCUCUAGGUAGGUCUGGGAAAGCCCUGGGAAAGCUGCUGUCAGUCAGAGAGUAUAGUGUGGUCUGACUCAACUUUCUAUGUUCAGGAUGUAAUCAGUGAUCACACUUCAGUGCGUGUUUAGAAUCAUAUGGCACCUUUGUUUCUUAACUGUUUUGGGAACUACUCUAAAGUAGCCACAACAUGCUGUAUUGAAGGCCUCAUUUUGAAUGGCAUGGUUAAAUUGAUAACUAGGAAGCACAGCUUUUAUGUUAUGCUCCUUUUUCUAUUUUUCUCUGUGGACUGGAGUAGAUAUGAAGCUCAACAUGGCAGCUGGUAAUCCCGUGCUAAAUUGUUGUUAUUCCCUCUCACAUUCUCAGGCAGACCUCCCCAAGCUGGGGUGUCAUCGUAUAGGGUCUUUGCCUGUCCCCAGUUCUGGUGGGGUCAAGAAACAUGAUGCAAUUGCCUGGUGAUUCUGCCUAGUGAUUAGAAGGAGAAUUGAAAUAACUCAGCAUGGGAUAGCUGGUUUCAGUGGCAGCUCUCCCUCAUCACCACCCCACUCUGUGGGUUAGUUAAAGAUUAAAGACUCCAUCACUGAUUCAGAGUCCCCUGUGCCAGCUGAUCUGGACAUGGAGCUCCAGCAUGAGAAGACUCCCCCAAUGCUGCACCUGGUUUCUUUGUUUCUACUCUUAAGGUCCAGAUUACACAAACUGAAGAUCAUAAUGGAAUACCAUUUGUAUGUAGUACCACCUUAAAUUGCAGGUAGGGGAUAGUAUGACUGAAUGCUCUCUUAGCCAAAGCAACCUCCCUGUACAUUGAAAACUAGAUGUUUGGCAGAACGGUACUAAUCCAGACUUUACCCUGAUGUGCUUUCUUAAUACAGUUUAACUCAUGUGGCGAGCUAUAUGUUUAGAUGGGCCUUAAGUAACUGAGCUUGUAAUCUUCAAUAUUUGUACUGGGCUAGCUAUCUCCAGUUGUGGUGUAACAUAGUUGGCUCAAAUCCACAGAACCCUGUGCAUGAAUCCCAAACCUCCUGCACAUGUCAGAUUCUUGUUUUUUAACUGCUUCUGCUGCAAUCAGUGGAGGCUCUUCUGGGAGCUCUCUUGACUUUUCAGAAUGGAUUUGGGAUUGGCACAUGGGGUUUCAGAAAGGAAUGUUCAAAAGCCCCCGAGUGUGGGCAGAAGCUGCAUCCAUGGCUCUUUGGAUCCCCUCACCCCCCCCCCCCAUGACCCUCAUGUGCUGCAGUUAUUUUGUCUUCACCCUCUUUGUUUGCAGAUAUAGCAAUUCAUAGAACUCAGCCUUUAUUGCCUUCAGUGGGAAAAUUAUCUGCAACAUUAGAUAUGAGCAUAAAAUAUGUCAAACAUCAUGUUCAGUCCAAAUGACACUUCAAAGAACUGGAAUGUUAUUUGCCCUGUUUUCAUUGCUACUCAGAAAACUUCAGGUCUGUGAAUCUGAAUCCUGUAAAAAUAACUCUCAGUUCAUUUGCUCUUUCCAUAGAUAGCGGGAUAUGUUUCCUAGCAAAGCAUUGCUGGGUGGAAAAUGCAAGAGAGUGUGUGACAGUGCAGCAAAAUCAUUAUCUAUGUUAACGGAGGAGGGGGAAAGUAAUGAUCAAAAGCAGAAAUGCUUACUAGAUCCCUUAAAAGAAUUAGUCAGCAUAUUAGGUUGUAUUUUUUGGAGAAAUAAAGGUUUCCAUGUGUUGCCUCUUA